UCCUUUAGCUGAUAACAGUGUUACUAUCUCUUUGACCGAGUUCAAUUGAUACAAUCGAGCUAAAUUGUCCUGAAAUGAACUUCAAUAUCGCAGUGCUGUACCCUACGUGCUUAUCUGUCAAACGACAACGCGCUCUGCACUUCGAAUGGGUCAUUUGUCGUGUGAUCAACGAAAUUAUCUUAAUAUUUGAGUUAGCAUUUCAUUAGCAAUUAGCAAACAUACAUUAUCUUAUCGACUCGUAUUAGUAAAAGUGAUGUGUUCCAAUACACACGCGUCGCACGCUUACAGUGUGAUGUGAUGUUCCAUUUAUUACGAUUUGUUAUUAUAUAAUAUUUAUUUAUUUAUUAAAUAGAAGAGAACCAAGUAAAUAAAUUUGCCAUGUCUGAAUUAACGCCUGAUCUGCAGGAACUGGAAAAGCUCAGGUCAUUUACUUCCAGUCCAAAUCCCACCAGAAGAGCACAGUCACAUACUCAAAACCAAGACACACAAUGUCAGGAUGAUUCUAAGAAGAAAUGGCGAAUACUUUUGGAACCGGCUUUGGCGGGUUCCAUGAUAGCAAUAAAUCUUGGACAGACAUCGCUACAGAAUUUUUAUUUACGCACAGCGUGUACAGUCGACUUGGGAUAUCCAGCAGAAAUAUGUGUUAAAGGUGUCGGAGAAGAAUUCAGAACAGCCGAGGCUGCAAGUCAAGUGGUUGUGGCGGGUGUGAACAUUAGUAGGAGUUUCAUUGGAUCUCUCAUCUCCGCUAUAGUUCUCUUAUUCGUGGGCCCAUGGAGCGACUGCAGUGGGCGACGGAAACCCUUACUCAUUAUGCCAUUAGUAGGAAUGACCAUCAUGACAACUGGAGUUCUAUUGAUGAUUAUGUUUCCAGGGGCGUCUACUAUACAAGUAUUAUAUGUUGUUCAAAUACCAAUAUCCUUGGGAGGAAAUUUUGGUUUACUUUUGGCAGCUGCUUUUAGUCACAUUGGAGAUGUAUGCCAUGCGACAGGUCGUGACGUCACGCGUACUAUGGGUGAACAUCGUGCCGCCAUCCAGAUAUCUCAGGUCGUGGGUGCCGUUUGUGGCCCUCUUCUCUAUCGUAACCUAGGUUUCUACGGUGUGUUUCCUCUUGUUUUAUUACUACAGGUCUCAUCAUUGCUCUAUGUGAUAUUUGCUGUAAAGGACGUCAAUAUCAACAAUGAUAACAAAGUCUCUGUAUUAAAUUGGAAAUUACCUUUUAAUGCUUUCCAAUGCUUAGUGCGGAAAAGAGAUGGUUACCGAAGAACAAUUAUAUUCUUGUUAUUGAUCGUUACUCUUGGAGACAGAAUAUUUUUGUCUGCGGAGAUACUUUUAUCCUAUAUGUACUACCGAUACAAAUUCCAUUGGGAUGAUGUUCUAUUCGGAGGUUUCCUGGCCUAUCGAAAUAUAGUCAGUUUUUUCGGAACUCUUAUAAUCUUGUCGGUUUUGAAGCGCCGUCUCCAGCUAUCAGACGAAACGGUCGGAGCUCUUAGCUGCGCGACACAUGCUGUUGCAUCAUCAGGCCUAAUUGCUGCUACCACUACCAUUGCUGUCUUUAUAGUUCCUGUUGUGGGGAUAAUUUCACAAGGAUCUCAAGUGGUACAAAGACCUCUUAUAAAUAAACAAAUUUUGCCAAAUGAGCAAGGUAAAAUAUACAGUGUAUUGGGAGCAUUAGAAUCAGCAACGCAAACUAUAUCAUCACCCCUUUAUUCUUUACUCUAUAGCAGAACUGUAUCAACAAUGCCCGACGCCUGGUUACUACCGGGUAUUGGCAUUGCUAUACUACAAGUACUUGCAUAUUUAUCUUCCAAAAGAUUAGCAGCUACAACAAUAGAAAACAAUGUAGCUGAAACAAAAAGUAUACAGUUAAAAACACCGAACGAUGCCAGUAAAUUAAGAAAAGAUGACGAACCUGAUGAAAGUAGAAGUCUUAAAAUUGAAUCCCAUGAUAAAAAUACAACGACUAUUUCCGAAAAAUAAUUAAUAAAGUACUUUAGAUAUUAAAA